AUGAGGGAGGUGGUGAGGAAGGGCGCCGCAUGGGGAAAAGGCGGGAGGUAUAUGAGCGGGCUUUGCCUUCCCGUUUGCAUCUCUGGGGGGUUUGGUGAUGAAGGGGAGUUUGGUGAGGGGAAGGAGGAUGGGAUUGCUAUGGGGAAUGGGCUAAAUGAGGGUGAUGAGAGGAGCGAGAAGGGAGUGGAGGAGGGUCAGGAGGAGAAGAGUGAAGGGGAGAGUGUAGGGGAGAGUGAGGAGGAAAGUCAGGAUGAAGAGGAGCAUGAGGGGGAGAAUAAGGAGGGCGAGGAGGAGGAGGAGGAGGAGGAGGAGGAGGAGGAGGAGGAGGAGGAGGAGGAGGAGGAGGAGGAGGAGGAGGAGGAGGAGGAGGAGGAGGAGGAGGAGGAGGAGGAGGAGGAGGAGGAGGAGGAGGAGGAGGAGGAGGAGGAUGAGGAGGAGGACUUGGUUGAGUGUGAGUCGAUUAAGAGAGCCAAAGGGCAAGAGGAGGAAAGAGGUGGAGAUGGAACUUUGAUGCUGGAGAAAGGUGGAAACGUGGGGAAGGAGUUGCUACAGGGGGGUGGAGGGAAGCAGCAGGACUUGGGGCCGACUUUUGAUGUGCUGCGGAAUUUACCAGGUGGUCUGGAGCACCGCGAAAGAGACGUAAAGCGGGGGUUGUUACAGGGGUAUGCAGGGGCGCAGGGCAAUGGGUCAGCACGGCAGGCAGAGACCUUUCAGCAAGGCAGUGCGGCGUGUGCGACUGAUGGGAUGGAGGGUGAGGGGUUGUGUGGGGGUGAUGCUGGGUGUAAGGAGGUGUGUGAUGGGUCGUGCAAAGCAAUUGGGUCGUGCAAAGCAAUUGGGUCGUGCAAAGCAACUGGGUCGUGCAAAGCAAAUGGGUCGUGCAAAGCAAUUGGGUCGUGCAAAGCAAAUGGGUCGAAGGCAAAUGGGUCGUGCGAGAGCGAUGCCAGGUGUAAGGCAGGUGAUUAUGAGUCUUGCAGCAAUGCGAGUGACGGGUCAUGUGAGACUGAUGGAUUGAAGGCAGGAGAACGGCGGAGAGAGAGGCAGCGGGGGUGGAUGAGAUGGAAGGUUCUGGCUGCCGUGGGUGCUGCUGCUGUGAUUAUAGGCGGGGCUGCUGUGAUUAUGGCGAAGGGGAGGGGCUGGAAGGGGAGGGGAGGGAGGGAAAGGAGUGGGGAGAGGAGGGAGUGGGGGCAGCAGAAGCAGGAAGCGCGGAGGGAGGCGGAUGACAUGGGUCUGGAUAGGGAUGAAGGGGAGGCGGAUGACAUGGGUCUGGAUAGGGAUGAAGGGGAGGCGGAUGACAUGGGUCUGGAUAGGGAUGAAGGGGAGGCGGAUGACAUGGGUCUGGAUAGGGAUGAAGGGGAGGCGGAUGACAUGGGUCUGGAUAGGGAUGAAGGGGAGGCGGAUGACAUGGGUCUGGAUAGGGAUGAAGGGGAGGCGGAUGACAUGGGUCUGGAUAGGGAUGAAGGGGAGGCGGAUGACAUGGGUCUGGAUAGGGAUGAAGGGGAGGCGGAUGACAUGGGUCUGGAUAGGGAUGAAGGGGAGGCAAAUGACAUGGGUCUGGAUAGGGAUGAAGGGGAGGCAAGAGGAGAGAUGCGGGUGGAAGGGGAAGAGCAUAUUGUUGAGAGUUGUGGUUACAGAAUGGGGGAGGAGGCAGAGGAGGGAGAGGAGGGGUGGGUGGUACAAGAGGAGGGUGAGGAGGGAGAUGAGGGGGAGGAGGGAGAUGAGGGGGAGGAGGGAUGGUUGGUGCAAGAGGGGGAGAGGAAGGAGGUGGGAGGGACGGAAGAGGAGGUGGAAGGAGAUGAGAAGUUAGCAGGGGAGCAGCAACAGGGAGAGGGCGAGGGGUGGGUUGGACAUCAGCAGCGGCGGCAGGGGGACCAACAGAGGAGGCAGAGGGACAUAGAGAAGAGGAGAGGCAUGUGGAGUGGUUUGUGCUUCAGGGGGGGCGGGUUACCGCCUUGGUUUGAGGGAUGA